AUGGCCACUUUGAUUACCCGUAGAUUUAAUAAAUAUAAUAUACCCCGUGUAAUAAAUAAUACAAAAGUUCACAAAAUAUAUAGAGAAACAAAUAAACGACAUGAAGAUGAUUUAUUCAAAAUCUAUAACAAAGAGUUGGUAGCAUUCCCAUAUGAAGAAGAUAAAUAUAAUGAAUUGCUAAAUAUAAAAGUGAAUAAAGAAAAUAGAAAUAUAGCCGAUUUUUAUUUUAAUCCAAAUAUAUAUAUAAAUGUACAUAAUAAUAAAAUAAAAAAUUUAGAGUUCUCUGAUUUUGAUCUUGAAAAUGUGGAUAAAUAUUUCUUAUUUGAAAAAGAAUAUUUAGAUACUUAUUUUCCUGAAGGUUUAGCAGGAGAAAUACCAAAAGAUAUUUUAAUGCACAAUACUGAUAAUGAUAAUUUUGAUCUAUUUUUAAAUAAAAUAAAAAAAGAAUCUGUUAAUACAUCUAAUUCAUUGAUACCACAAAAACACAACUUUGAACAUCUGAAAGGUGUAGGAAUACUUUACAGAAAAUUGACACAUGAAAUUAUAAAUGAAUUGAGAAUUUGUGAACAAAAUUAUAAAAUAUCUAAUAAACGAGAAUCAUAUAAUUUAGAUAAAUAUUUUUUAAAUAAUCAAAAUGUUGAUGUAUAUUAUGAUAAUACAAAAAAUGUUACCAAUCCUACUUAUAUAAAUAAUGAUGAAGAAAAAAUACAAACAUAUGAUAAAUCAAAAAACAAUAUAUAUAAAAGUAGAUCAAUAUUAAUAGAUGGAAAAAGAGGAACAGGAAAAAGUUGUAUAUUAAACACUGUUGUUUUAUGGGCUAAACUCCGUUCUUGGAUUGUUAUUUUUAUUCCAGAUAUUAAAAAAUAUAAAUUUGAUAUAAACACUAUUGUUAGAAGUAACACAAAUUUAUAUAUACAACCUGAAUUAAGUAAAGAAUUUCUGGAAAAUAUAUUAAAAGUUAAUGAAAAAUAUUUAAAAGAAAUAAAAAUAUUUAAAGAUAUUUUAUAUAAUACAUGUCUAGAUGGAACACAUUUAUUUUACAAUAAAAAAAUUUAUAAUGAUAUUAUAAAAAAAACUAUAGAAGAAGAAAUAGCUAAUGAUAAUAAUUAUUCUAAAUUAAAUGAUAUAGAACAAAAUAUGUAUAGACAAAAAUUAUAUAAAUUUUAUCAAGAUAAUAUCAAAAUACCCAACAUUUUAGAUAAAUUUCCUAUGCCUCAAAAUUUAGUAGAAUUAAUAAAUAUAGGUAUUAAUAAUUCUGCUUAUUCAAAUUUAUGUGUAUAUAUAUUAUUUGAACAUUUGAAAAAACAAACACAAUUCCCUAUCUUAAUAGCUGUUGAUCAAUUUAAUUAUAAUUUAAGUGUUUCUGAAUAUUUAUCUAUAAAUUUUGAAAAUACGAAAUAUAAUGGAUAUAUUCCAACUUAUUAUUUUACUAUACCCAAAUUAUUAUUACAAUGGAAUACUUCAAAAUAUAAAAGAUGUGUUAAAAUAGUAUCUACUUGUUGGGAUAGAGAAAACAGAAGAAAUUUCAGACCAGAUCUUCUUGGAAUAAAUAAAAAAGAAACUAAAACUCUUCGAAAUUUUACUCUUAUUGAAUUUAAAAAUUAUGUUUCUCAUCUUUUCAAUCAAAAUGUUAUAUACAAUUUUGACAUUAAUAAAUUGGAAUAUUUUUACAUGUUAACAGGAGGAAAUGGCUUUCAGGCAAGGAAACUUCUAACAACUUUGUACUAA